GCUACCAGGAGGCCGGGGGGACGCAGAGCGGGCGGGGCAGGAGCCGCCGACCGCGGGAGGAGGAAAGGGGUUGUGCUCCUGGCCGAGCGAGGAGAGAGGGGCGGGGCCGGCGGGCAGCGCGUGGAGGUGCCGAGCUCCUGGGACCGGCGGGCGCGCGGGCGUCUGUGGCCCGCGCCGUCCCAGUGGCCGCCGCCGUCCUUGGUCGCCGUCGGUCUGCGGGAGGCGGGUUAUGGCGGCGGCGGCAGUGGGAGCUGUGAAUGAGUUCUCCGGGUGGACGAGGGAAGAAGAAAGGCUCCGGCGGCGGCGGCGGCGGCAGCAGCCCGGUGCCUCCCAGGCCUCCGCCCCCCUGCCUGGCGCCCGCGCGUCCCGCCCCCAGGCCGGCCCCCCCGCCCGAGUCUCCGCAUAAGCGGAACCUGUACUACUUCUCGUACCCGCUGUUCCUGGGCUUCGCGCUGCUGCGUCUGGUCGCCUUCCACCUGGGGCUCCUCUUCGUGUGGCUCUGCCAGCGCUUCUCCCGCGCCCUCAUGGCUGCCAAGAGGAGCUCCCGGGCCGCGCCGGCGCCGGCCUCGGCCUCGCCCCCCGCGCCGGUGCCGGGCGGGGAGGCCGAGCGCGUCCGCGCCUUCCACAAGCAGGCCUUCGAGUACAUCUCCGUUGCCCUGCGCAUCGAUGAGGACGAGAAAGCAGGACAAAAAGAGCAAGCUGUGGAAUGGUAUAAGAAAGGUAUUGAAGAACUAGAAAAAGGAAUAGCUGUCAUAGUUACAGGACAAGGUGAACAGUGUGAAAGAGCUAGACGCCUUCAAGCUAAAAUGAUGACUAAUUUGGUUAUGGCCAAGGACCGUUUACAACUUCUAGAGAAGCUGCAACCAGUUUUGCAAUUUUCCAAGUCACAAACGGAUGUCUAUAAUGACAGUACUAACUUGACAUGCCGAAACGGACAUCUCCAGUCAGAAAGUGGAGCUGUUCCAAAGAGAAAAGAUCCCUUAACACACACUAGUAAUUCACUGCCUCGUUCAAAAACAGUUAUGAAGACUGGAUCCACAGGUUUGUCAGGCCACCACAGAGCACCUAGUUGUAGUGGCUUAUCCAUGGUUUCUGGAGUGAGACAGGGACCUGGUCCUGUAACUGGAACUCAUAAGAGUACACCAAAAACAAAUAGAACAAAUAAGCCCUCUACCCCUACAACUGCUGCUCGUAAAAAGAAAGACUUGAAGAAUUUUAGGAAUGUGGACAGCAAUCUUGCUAACCUUAUAAUGAACGAAAUUGUGGACAAUGGAACAGCUGUUAAAUUUGAUGAUAUAGCUGGGCAAGAAUUGGCAAAACAAGCCUUGCAAGAAAUUGUUAUUCUUCCUUCUCUGAGGCCUGAGUUGUUCACAGGGCUUAGAGCUCCUGCCAGAGGAUUGUUACUCUUUGGUCCACCUGGAAAUGGGAAAACAAUGCUGGCUAAAGCAGUAGCUGCAGAAUCCAAUGCAACCUUCUUUAAUAUAAGUGCUGCAAGUUUAACUUCAAAAUAUGUGGGAGAAGGAGAGAAAUUGGUGAGAGCUCUUUUUGCUGUGGCUCGAGAACUUCAGCCUUCUAUAAUUUUUAUAGAUGAAGUUGAUAGCCUUUUGUGUGAAAGAAGAGAAGGAGAGCAUGAUGCUAGUAGACGUCUAAAAACUGAAUUUCUAAUAGAAUUUGAUGGUGUACAAUCUGCUGGAGAUGACAGAGUGCUUGUAAUGGGUGCAACUAAUAGGCCACAAGAGCUUGAUGAGGCUGUUCUCAGGCGUUUCAUCAAACGGGUAUAUGUGUCUUUGCCAAAUGAGGAGACACGACUACUUUUACUUAAAAAUCUAUUAUGUAAACAAGGAAGCCCAUUGACCCAAAAAGAACUAGCACAACUUGCUAGAAUGACCGAUGGGUAUUCAGGAAGUGAUCUAACAGCUUUGGCAAAAGAUGCAGCAUUGGGUCCUAUCCGAGAACUGAAACCAGAACAAGUAAAGAAUAUGUCUGCCAGUGAGAUGAGAAAUAUUCGAUUAUCUGACUUCACUGAAUCCUUGAAAAAGAUAAAGCGCAGCGUGAGCCCUCAAACCUUAGAAGCAUACAUACGUUGGAACAAGGACUUUGGCGAUACCACUGUUUAAGGAAAGACCUUUGUAAGCCUGCAGAACAUUUUGCUUUUGAAGAGAGAAACACCAUCUUUAUUGAAUAGUUAUCAGCUACAGAAAUUCAGCCUAAGUUUACAGGACUUUUCAGAGUCUUACAAUUACUUGUACACCCUAGCAGACAAACCAUAAAACAAAUUUAAAUAAAAUAUACAAUGCAAAUGGA